GGGUAUUUGACGUACCGCAUGCGCAAUAGCCUAGUCAGAAAUUGGGAAUUCCCUGUGAAUGUAAAUGGAUUUUCAAAUUGAAAAGGUCUGUGCAUUAAAAUGGAAAAUAUCAAUCUUCUGUACAGACAUACGAAUCCUACUCCUCUUAGUACACAUAAUUCACGGACGAGAAAAUUUCUACCCGGCUAAGUCCUGCACCGACAUCACGCUGGCACAAAUCCCAGAGGAGGUGUAUCAGAAAUGUCUAGAAAAUGACCGGGUCAUUCACUGUUUGCCAGAUGACGACGACGUGUUGGGACUUAGCUGUUUCUCUAUUGUCUGGAUAGCAAAAGGUAUGUGUCCGUAUUACAACAAGUAUCAAGGAAACCUGCAUGAGAAGCCAUGCACAGGGGAUGCUGAACUUUGCCCUCCAAAACAGUUCAAGUCUCCAUCGUCAGUCUUAUACAAAGGCUGUUACAUAAAAGAACCCACAACAACAAGAGCGACACCUACCAUAGCAACGACAACAGCCAUAGCAACGACAACACAGUCAGUGUCGACUGAAAGCAGGGAUUCAAACCAUUUAACCCAUGUACCAAUGUCUGGAAUCUCACGUAAUGAAAUCAUGUUGGAAAUGAAUUCCUGUUCCACAGAAACUGGUUUUUUGAUUUUCUUUAUCCUCACUACUGUCUUUCUCGGUAUGGUUAUCGCUGUGUUGAAGAUACAGAGAUUAAACAAGUUCUGCAGAAAUAUAGCGAAAAGCUGCAGAAAAGAACAUCCAAAAGACAAAUAUGAUGGAGAAAGUAUGAAUGGUGGAGAAAAUAUAAAUGGUGGAGAAAAUAUACCAAUGGCGGAAGGGAACAACGAUGCAAACGCUUGAAAGCAACUUGGAAUCAUUCUUUCAAAGAAAUUGAAUGCUGACUUUGGAAGUUCAUGGUAUAUCACAAGUUAUAGUUGUCAGUUAAUUCUUGCUGCAUGAUUGGGCCGUCUUUAAUCAUUUUCUCUUUACGUGUUGCGUUUCCAACAACUGGAAGAGUCGGAGAAAAGCUUGUUGAUACAUCAUAUAACGAACCUCAGUCAGUGGUAGGUGUAGAAGAUGUUACCGGUGUUGCGACUCCCCUUUAGUCAAUUUUGCCCUUUAUGGGUUCUUUACUCCUCCUCUUUGGUACAUCUUCCGGUCAGAACCCCUCUUUGACGAUUUACAUGAUCCGCUCCUGUUUGUAAUUAUAAACUUUAAUGGAGAGAGUGAAAGUGCAAGAUAACAGGCGGACACUCUGGAAAUUAUACAGCUUCUGUAGCUAUAAAUACAGAUUAUUUUAUAUGUACAUUUCUCUGUAAUGUUGUUGACCUCUUGAUAUGCAUUUAAUAUAGUAUACUAGCUAUACCAGUACAUUUAUAUGAUCUAUUUUGUGGCCACUCGAUUAUCAUUUAUAUCUGAAUAAAUCCAAUGGUCAAACGCAUAUUUAUCAAAAAACAAAUUAAAAAAAAAUCUUCAUUAAAUAGAUUUCAUCUUUUUUAUAAACAUAUUUUGACCUCUAUACAUUUGUCAUUGAUAAUAAAUCUUUAGAAAAUGUUGAUCGAGAAUUUAGGCUGUGCACUAGAAAUUUUGUCAAUAUUACCUACAAUAAGAAAUGUAUAACAAAUCUAUAACAUGAUUGUGUUAAGUUAUAGAUAACAUAAUUCUUCAUUUCUAUAAUAAUUACACUGUAUUUAAGUCAUGCAUCAUUUUAUUUCAUUUGUGCAAUUACAUACUUGUAUAUAUGUACAGCCUUUACAAUGUAGGAUACCGGUGCCCUUUAGUAUAUGAAUAUGAUAAUAUGUAUCUAUAAUGGUUUACUAUUUUCCCUGCUUUAAUUUAUUUACAUUAUUUCAUACAUGUGAACGUUCACUACAAUAUUACUAUUUUUAUGUCUCCCUUCUUUCAGGGGAAGAUAUGUUGUUUUUGUACUUUCUUUCCGUCCGUCUGUCUGUCACAAAAUCUUGUGAACGCUUCUCCUAUAUGGCUUACUGGAUAGACUUGAAACUUUGUGCAAUGCUUCAUUUCCAUUUGCAGAUGUGAAUAUUCGUGGGACAAGGGGAUCCGAUGAAUGUAAUAAAAGUAAUUGUGGAUAUAAGAAGGGUGGAGAAUGUAAAAUAGCUUGUGAACACGUCUCCUCCUAUAUGGCGUAUCUGAUAGAUUUGAAACUUUGUAAAAUGCUUCAUUGUCAUUUGUAGAUGUGCAUAAUGGAGGGACGGGGGAAUCCAAUUAUUUUCAUAAACGUUAUAGUGGAUCUAAUAGGGGUGGGGGUGUAAAAUAGCUUGUGAACACUUCUCCUAUAUAACUAAUUGGAUAGAGUUGAAACUUUGUACAGUGUUUGAUUGCCAUUUGUAGAUGUCCCAUAUUAUUGGGACAGGAGAAUCAAAUAAUUUUCAUAAAACUUAUAGUGGAUCUAAGAGGGGGAUGUUAAGAUAGCUUGUGAACGCUUCUCCUCCUAUAUGGCUUAUCUGAUAGACUUGAAAUUUUGUACAAUAAUUCAAUGUCAUUUGCAGAUGUGCAUAUUGUAGGGACAGGAGGAUCCAAUUGUUAUCCCUGAAAUUAUAGUGGAUCGGAGGGGUGCAGAGUGUAAAAUUGUUUGUAAACUCUUCUCUUUUGUGGAUUACCGGAGUUCAUAAUGUCUGUGUUCCUGCUCAUGCUUUCUCCGUACCAUGCAGUACAUUAAGAGAAGGAGGUUUCAUUUGGAGCACUUCCAAUUUGGGGAGCUGGGGAGACAUUUAUUUCUCAUAACAACAAUUUCUAGUUCAUUUCUCUGUUACUAUGAAAAUGUUCAUGAUAUGGGGAACUUAUUAAUGUUCUUCUUUUUUUUUUUUGUGCAAACAUUCAAUUUCUCAAUAUUAGCGAGCUAAGUUUGCUUUAACAUUGUAUGUUCCGAAUUUCGACUAAUGUUGUCCACCUUGUAAAAGAACUUGAAUGAUCGCACGUACGUAUGUAGGAGGUUACAUGACAUGACAUAUUUCAAUUGUUUUAACCAGAAUUAUUUGGUUUUAAAUGGGUGUUUAUGAACAACUGUCACUCGGCCAUUUCUAUUGCAUGUUCAGAAAACAAAUCAAGUAACAGUCACAUGUGUUGUGCAGACUUGCAGAGGUAAGAUCAUCGAUGGUCUUAUCUGUGUAUAGCUGUGUAGUUUGUAACUACAGUACCUUGAAAGGUGAAUAUCAAUGUCAUAACUCCUAUAACCAUAGUACCAUGCCAUCAUUGUAAGAGAAAUAAAAGUAUCAAAUACC